UUUCAUCUCUCUUUCUUUUCUUUAUCUCUUUCAACUGACAACUAAAGAUAUGACCAUUUAUUAUACUUUGACUUUUGGUAUUCUCGUUACCGAGAUGUUUAUGUUUGGUAUCCUCGUGUUACCUUUGCCUUCUCAUUGGCGUAGAGCAAUGUUGAAGUUUGUUUCCACUUCCCCUCUUGUGGCCAAGGCUCUUUAUGUUUUGAAGAUUGUGUUUGGAUUCAUCUUUGUUCUUUUCAUUGAUACCAUUAAUCGUUUACAACGCAUUGAUAGUAUUAGUGAAGAAGAACAACGUGUUAGUCAUGAUUACAGUUAUGAAGCCAACAUGAAGGCCAAGAAAUUCUAUGCUCAGCGCAACUUGUAUCUGACUGGAUUCACUCUCUUUUUAUCUUUGAUUUUGGAACGAACUAGCACAUUAGUGAUUCAAAUGUUGAAGCGUGAAGAAGAACUUGAAAAUGCCAAAAAGGAAAACGUUUCUGUUGGUAAAGAUCAACAACGUUUGAUUGAUAUGGAAGCUGAUUACAAAAAACAAAUUGAAAACUUGAAGAAGGAAGUUAAGGAAUUGAAACAAGAACAACGUGAUUUUGAUACCCUCAAGAAACAAGUCGGACAACAAGCUGAAGAAUAUAAUCGUUUGGCUGAUGAACGAAAUGCUUUGGAACGUGCUGUCAAUGGACAAACAAAUGAACCCAAGAAAAACAUUUAAAUUAUGAACAUACCUUCAUCUCAUAUAGUCUUUUUUUUCUCUUUUUCUUAUUGUUAUCCCCUGUUUCUUUUUCCCCCUUUCUUUUAUCUUUAUAUCAUCUCUCCAUUCUUUCUGAAUAAAAUAAAAUAAAAUAAAAAUAAAACUUUCUCUUUUUUUACAAUGA